AUGUACAGAGCGUUAGCGUUUGUGACAAAGACGGUUGCAGUACUCGCAGCGGCCGCAACAAAGGUUGUUGGUCGGGUGGAGGGAUGUGAAGAGGAUCGGCGUUUUCUUGACCUUGUCCGCCUUUUUGUGCCUAGCAGUCUACAAUUCGGAAUCAGCCAUCCAACCGCUACAGCAGCUUUUCAGCUUAUCCGCGUUUGCGUCUAUGGCGAUCCCUACCAAACCAGAUUCUUACAAAACCAUUAA